AUGCAUAUGUUCAGGCUCUGUUGGGUACUUGUCCUGUCUGUCUUGUGGCAGCUGGAUACCCCACAAUUAGUUUCGGCUGGGAUUUUUGGCCAGCGUUUAAAACAGUUUUCUCCACGUGGCACUCGUAAUAGACCACGGAUACCCUGGUUGUUUCCUGCUAAUAUUGGUGGUGUCAAGAGCCAGAAUAGCAACAGCAAUGGCUGGGUCAAUAAUGGCAGUGUCUUGGUGAGAGGCGGAGAUAACGAUCACGCUGAUACCCCCGUCGAUGAUCAAGAUGACGAAAGCAAACCACUGGUGGCGGACGAUAAUGAUAUUUCUGCGAAACCCGACUCAUCUGCUUCAUCGGGUACUGGUACCAGUGUCAAGACGCUCAGCAAAGACAGCAAGAAAGAAAAUGCUGUGGGAGACCCGGAUGGUGAUUCCGAUGAUGACGACGACGAUGACUCGGGAGCUGAGGACUCCAGCGAAGAAUGGGACGAAUGGGAACUGAUGGAAGAGGCAGACAUGCCAUUGGAUCCUUCUUCGCAACUGCAUAUGGAAGUCGAAGUUGUUGAUAACGACUUUGAAUUGGAGGAAGAAGAGGCAAUCAUGGACACUAUCGAGAACGAGAAACAACCACCCAGAAAUAUGGCUGAACCUACGGGAGGAGGAGGCGUGGCCAGACUUGGCAAAAAGAUUGGCAGACGAAAAUCCAGAAACAACAAAGGAUGGAGAGAUACUGACAAUAAACAAACACCCGAGACCAGUGCGUCCCUAGAAGAUGCUGAUAUCCUUGAUGCAUGGAUGCCUCGCGUUUAUUUGCCACCCAGCGCAGAGGCGCUGGAACACCUGCUCAAAAAGGCAAGGCUAAUUGAUGCCUCUUCAAAGUCACGCUUGGAUCGAAGGACACUGUACUCGUGUCUCCUCCUCGAAUGGAUGAACAAAAAUGCUUCCAAUCGCAAAUUUCUUGAUGCCGAAACUUCACGGUCCUUGCAAUCAGCUUUGUCCCUGGCCACACAACCUCAAUGGCGAAAAUCUUUUCCAAGGCCCAAUGCUAUCAGGUUGCACGAGCAGGAAGUGGGAAAAUCAUGCACACUGGGAAUGCAAGAAACAAUGACCAUGGCAUUGGCACAUUCCCUAGGAGCUGCCAUGGUGAUCCUGGAUGACGAAGUAAUCAAGUCCGUCCGCCAGGAAGUCCUCGAUGGAGGUGGCACGAAAGAAGAUGUCAGGACUGCCAAUCUUUUGCGUGCCUUGCUAAAAUCGGCCAGAGCAGGGGCUCUGACUGGCAGGGUAGGGGGGUCCAUUGCCGUCGCAAUGAAGCGUGACAUCGCCGCAGGCUUGGAUGAUCCUUACGAUGACAGAGCGACGUCGAGUUUUGAGGAUAUGACGGCGUGGGAGGAAAAAUGGCACACUUUGGCUGAAUCUACGGAGGAAGCAGAAGAAAACAACCUUCCGCUGGUUAUAUUUGUACGGACAGAUGCCUCACAGCUGCUUUUCAAGAGCAAAUCAGCAGUCAAUGUUUUGCUGGACGAGUGCAAUGCCGACGAUAGCGUAAAUCUGGUUGUAUUGGGAAGUGGAAUUGACUCUGCGGCUCUUGCAUUGGUCCAGGACAAUCCACAUGACGCUUUCGGCCACAUGAACGGAGCCGUGAACAGAGAUGGAUUCAACGGAGACCACCCUCCAAACGCAGCACCGUGGAUGAGUUUUGCACCGUCGAAUCAGAAUGCAUCGGGUCAAAAUGAUCCAGAAGGGUCGCGUCGUUUCAACAUUUUUCUGGCAAGAACGCAAGGCACCAAUGGGCCAGGAAUUCUUGGUGCCAUUGCGCCACCGGAGGCUGGCAAUCUGUUCCCUCUAAUGAUGGCCAUGCAGGCCAAAGAGAGACUGCAGCAUCAACCGAUGGACUCUCCCGCCAGAGACGAGUUGGAACGGUUUUCUAACUCGCUCUUGCAACAGAUCCAGCAGAACAAUCGAAAUGCUCAAAACAACAAUAUUCCCGCCCCUCAGUUCUUCAAUGCAAGUCUAGCACCACCGAGCGGAGAAGGGAGUUUACCAAACAACAAGCCACUCCCGAGAGAAGUAAUGCAACACACGCUGGAGCAUGCCCUGUCUGAGCUGUUAGACCGGUUGGCGGAAAUGAGCGACGACAAAUCGCCUCCGGCAUCACCGCAGGAGCUGUCGGAAGACCUCCAUAAAGCCUUUGCCCAGGUCUUGCGCAACGAGAAUAUACGCAGAGGCAUUGCGGACAAUCUUGCAAAGGCCGCCCCGGCGCUCUCUGACCCAAAGUGCCAGGGUGUAAUGCUUAGUGUUUACGUACCCCCACCCAGAAAUGGAAGACCUUAUGGCAACAGCGUCAAUGGAAAGCCACAAUCAAACGUUGGUGGUUGGUUCCAAAAGAUGCUCCAAAACCAGGAGGCCGCAGCUGCCUCGCUUGAAGGUGGCGAGGAUGCAGCAGAGCGGAGAAAAAAGUCGAAACAAAAACGAGCCCGUACAAUGGCUGCAUACCAUGCUGUAAUGGCAGCGAACAAUGCAAAAGACCAGAAGGGCGGAGAAUCAAGCACAGAAACCAAAGAAGCGAGAAAUAGGGAAGAGCUCGAAAACACAUGCCGUCCGAUUCCAAUCAGUGCCCCUUCUGACCCGGUUCGAGGCAAAAGCUGGGAGGCAUGGCUUGCACGAGAACGCGGCUCCUACAUAUUCCGGCGCAACCGAAAAGCAUUGAAUGAGGAACUGUGGAAGCACAACCUUUCGUUGCAGCAACGAACAGGGACUAGAGGAGCUGGGUCAUCGCUGCGUCAGAUGUUGAGUGUUCGUGACAUCACAGAAGAAAUGGACGAGGUAAUCAAGUGCGCUGUCGAGCUGGAGGCGGGCAAGGCACAGCGUUUUGUAAAUCGCCACGAAACACCGAGCGAGGAAACCGCAGAGCUGGGAGUUGAUGUAACUCUUGAGCAAUUACUCGUUGACAGGGACGGAGUUGAGAGUAUUGCUAAGUCAGCCUCAUCUCUUCGAUACUUGCACCCGUCAAGUCUUGAGACUGCCUUGACUUUUUCAUGUCGUGUCAGGCCAUCGCCGUCGGGUGGUCUCUCCGUGAACAGUUCACCCGCUUCCCAUCGGACCAGAGAAGAAAUCGCAGCUUUGGCCCAAGACAAACACGAACGUGCGCUAAUAUCUCAGGUUGUGUCGCCACAGGACAUUGGAGUGACUUAUGAUAUGAUCGGAGGCCUUUCUGAAGUGAAAGAACUGUUGCGCCAAAGCAUCACUUAUCCGUUGAAGUUUCCUCAUCUUUAUAGCGAGGGCAUCGCAAGAGAAGCGGUGAAGGGAGUUCUGCUCUUUGGACCUCCUGGGACUGGUAAAACCAUGCUGGCGAAAGCAGUUGCAACAGAAGGAGGGGCGAGCUUCCUAAGCGUUGAUGCCUCUUCCGUCGAAAACAAGUGGCUUGGUGAAUCCGAAAAGAACGCGAAAGCAGUUUUUACCCUGGCUCGUCGAUUGGCCCCCUGCGUGAUUUUCAUCGAUGAGGUUGACUCUCUCUUGUCGUCACGCGAGGGAACAUCCGAUGAUUCAGCGCAUGGCACGUUGACGAGUGUGAAGACGACCAUGAUGAGCGAGUGGGACGGGCUGAACUCUGGUACGAAUGGCAGCGGUGAGGCAGGAUCUGAUCGGGUCGUUGUGAUUGGAUCUACGAAUAGGCCUUUCGACCUUGACGAGGCAGUGCUUAGACGGUUCCCUCGUCGAAUCCUGGUUGAUUUGCCCGACCUGCAGACGCGAAAAGAGAUACUGGAAGUGACUUUAGCAGAAAACAGGCUUGCGCCAGAUGUCAACCUAACUGCUAUUGCAGAGCGGCUGCAAGGAUAUACGGGGUCUGACUUGAAAGAAGUUUGCAGGGAAGCCGUUGUCCAAAUAAGUCACGAACAGGCAAAAUUACUGGAUCAAGGUCCGUCCUCAAAUGAUGCCCUUCAAGGCUCGUCGCAAAGACUUCGUCCUGUGAAUAUGGACGACUUUGAAAAUGCCUUGGCGAAGCUGAAGCGCAGUGUUUCUGAGAAAGGCCGAGAGCUGGCACGAGUCUGGGAAUGGAACGACGAGUACGGAGAGAUCAAGCAAGACAAGAAGACGCAGUUGCCUCAUCUUUUGAGCAUGUAUUUAUAA